AUGUCUACAACUCCCGCACCUCAGCUCGAGAAGAAGCCCGUCAAGUUCAGCAACCUGUUGCUAGGUGCUGGUUUGAACUUGUUCGAGGUCACCACCUUGGGACAGCCGCUGGAAGUGAUCAAGACAACCAUGGCUGCCAAUCGAGGCGACAGCUUCGCCGGUGCUAUGGGUCGGAUUUGGGGCCGUGGCGGGAUCCUCGGUUACUAUCAAGGACUCAUUCCGUGGGCCUGGAUUGAGGCCUCCACUAAGGGCGCGGUUCUCCUCUUCGUUGCCUCCGAAGCCGAGUACCAGGCUCGCAGCCUUGGUGCGAACCAGUUCGUCGGUGGUAUUGCAGGUGGUAUGGUUGGUGGUGUCGCUCAGGCUUACGCUACUAUGGGUUUCUGUACCUGCAUGAAGACCGUUGAGAUCACCAAGCACAAGAUGGCUUCCCAGGGUGUUGCGCCUCAAAGUACCUUCGCUACCUUCAUGGACAUCUACCGCAAGGAGGGUAUCCGGGGUAUUAACCGUGGUGUCAAUGCUGUGGCUAUUCGUCAGACUACCAACUGGGGUUCCCGUUUCGGUCUCUCCCGUCUGGCUGAGAGUGCUAUCCGCAAGACCACUGGCAAGGAGGAUGGUCAGAAGCUGAACGCCUGGGAGAAGAUUCUCGCCUCCAGUCUGGGUGGUGGUCUGUCCGCCUGGAACCAGCCCAUUGAGGUCAUCCGUGUUGAGAUGCAGAGCAAGACUGAGGACCCUAACCGCCCUAAGAACCUGACUGUCGGCAAGGCCUUCAAGUACAUCUACAACUCCAAUGGUAUCAGCGGUCUUUACCGUGGUGUUGCCCCCCGUAUUGGUCUGGGCAUCUGGCAGACUGUCUGCAUGGUGGCUCUUGGUGACAUGGCCAAAGAAGCAGUCGAAAAACUGACUGGCGACACUGUCACCGCGAAGCACUAA